CCUCAGCUCUAUGUUCACGGUAUCAGAGGCUUGGAGUACACACGGACAAAGUUCUGGUUCUACAUGCUCGAUGGUCUUUACCAAUCAGCAGUCGUCUUCUUCAUCCCCUACUUGGUCUGGCAGCUUGGAUUAGCCGUAUCAUAUAACGGCAAAGGAAUCGAUUCGUUGGCGGACUUUGGAACGACCGUCGCGAUUGCUGCCAUUUUUGCAGCGAACACCUAUGUCGGGAUGAACACCCACUAGUGAGUGCUUUCUCAUGCUACUCGACAAUGUUGAACGGUGAUUCAUUUAGCUGGACCCACAUCACUUGGAUCGUCGUCAUCGGGUCGUCCCUUGUC